AUGGGCGACGCGGGCAUAGAGACAUGGCAAGAACAUGUCACCAAACAGAUGAACCUAGACAUAGACUGGCCAGAAUUCGAAUGUAUCAAGUCGCUGCCUGUCAGCCCCUUCGACCAGACCAGCAAUCCGUAUCUGCUUGGCCUUCAGAUAGGCCAUGAGUCGAACCGCGAUCUGUUACAUAGCGUGGCCCAAGAGCUCCACGCGGAAGGGUGGGUGGCCAUCUAUACAAGAAUGGCCACUACAAUCUUGGAGAGAAAUUUGAGCCUUAUUCGAGGCCGAGUCUUGGUGCAGACACUCCCUUCUGCGGCGUACAGCAUGGAGGAGACUCUGGCACACGCGAGGCUAUACACCAAAGAGUUUCAUCGGCUGGGGGUCCCAAGGGAGCGGUUCUGCAUCAAGAUCCUCGCCACGGGUCCGGGCUUGAAUGCGGCCAGAAUCCUUCAGAGCGAAGGCAUUGACACUCUCGGCACGGCAGUCUUUGGAGUGGAACAGGCUGUCGCAUGCAGCCAGGCCAGAUGUCUCUUCAUCAGCCCCUAUUUCAACGAGGUUCGCUCCAUGAGAGAUCCAUCACUGUGGCCCAAUGUCGAAGAUCCAGCGACACAGCACCCUUUUUCCCGACCGCUAGCUCAGAUGGUGGGCCUGUACAAACACCUAGAAAAGAAAACAGGGCAGACACAACCUCUGAUCAAACUGGCGGCGUUCCGAUCCCUUAAGGAAGUCGAUGCUGCUGCCAGACUCGGGUGCCACUCGGCGACCGUGACGCCCGCGAUUUUCACAGAGUUGUGCAUCACGAAAUACACGGGUGGUUCUGGGAAGUCGCAGGCUGCUCCCUUUGCGGAUCAACCGCAACCACUGCCACUGCCUUUGACCGAGCUUGACCUUUUGGCCGAGAGCGGGAAAAUAUUGGCCUCAGCUCUCGAAGCCGACACGGUGGCUGGUGGUCGAUUAUCGGAUGCGAUCGAUCGUUUCAUGGGUGCCGAAGUAUCCAGCAAGAACCUGAUUGAAAGUAUCAUAGCAAGGAACGUGGAAUGA